ACGACUACAACGUAAUAGACUACUUCCAAACGAUCCCAGAUUCUGAAGCACAGGAAGAAAUAGCUCAGACGCCGCCAUUCCCGGAUGAAAUUUUGACAUGUCCAGGUUAAUCCCAAUCCAGCACUUGAGAGGAUCUCUUGAUAAACAAGAAGUGGUCUGAGACUGAAUCGGACAAACUCGGUUGCUCAAAUGGCUGACACUCAAGAAAUAGAGGAUAAAACAUCUGAAGCAACUUCUGAUGACGCAUCGCAAAAGAAACAAGAAACUCGUGAUGAAAUGCUUGCUAGGCAUAGGAAAGAGAUAUCACAACUGCAGAACAAGGAAAUUGAACUGAAAAAGGCAGCAGCCAAAGGUAGCAAAGCUGAACAGAAAGCUAAGAAGAAGCAGGUGGAGGAAGAGAUAUCUCAAAGUUCUGCUAAGCUUAAAGAAAAACAUGCUGAAGAACUUGCUUCAUUAGGCUAUGUCAGUAAUGAUGGAGGUGGAAAAAGCAAUAUUGACAAUUUGGUGAAAGCCAUAGCUGGGGUUUCUGUUGCCAGUCAACCUGACCAAUCAAAGCCCAGCAAGGGUGUAAGGAGGCGAGGGAAGAGAGCUCAGCAAGAAGCAGAUAGAGAGCAAAGAAUUCAGGAAGAGCAGAGCAACAUUGUAAGUGAACGAAUGAUUGAAAAUGAGAAAUUGGAAAGAAAGCUUGAACCCCUUGGUUUGACUGUUAAUGAAAUAAAGCCGGAUGGGCACUGCCUCUACCGAGCUGUUGAGGACCAGUUAGCGCUCCUAUCUGGCGGUUCAUCUCCUUAUACGUACCAAGACCUUCGAGAAAUGGUGGCUACUUAUAUGAGGAAACAUUCGUCGGAUUUCCUCCCAUUUUUCCUUUCAGAUAAUGCGAUAGAAGGCGAUUCUGAUAAUUCACUAGCAGAGAGAUUCGAGUCUUACUGUAAAGAGGUGGAGUCAACAGCAGCGUGGGGAGGGCAACUAGAGCUUGGUGCUUUAACUCACUGCCUUAGAAAACAUAUCAUGAUAUUUUCAGGGUCCUUCCCUGAUGUAGAGAUGGGGAAGGAGUACAAAUCUGAUGGUGGGAAUGGUUCAUCAAAUUCAAGUAUCAAGCUAUCAUUCCAUAGGCAUGCAUUUGGGCUUGGCGAGCACUACAAUUCUGUGGUCCCAAUUUGAUCAAAUAGGUACGCUUCGGAUUAUGAGUAUAAAUCAAUUGAAAUGCGAGAGGUACUGCACUUUGUAGCAAAUAUGUGAUCACAAAGACUCUCCCUUCAUAGGAUUGCUGCUCUGAAGUGAAACUACAGAAAAUUUAAUUGAACUCAUGUCGUUGGAGUAUUUUAUCUGUAACUCAUAGAAGUUGAAUUUUCGUCGGUAGAUUGAAUUAAGAGAACAAAUAGGAAAAAAAAAAAUCUGGGAAACCAGACUGUCACGAAAUUCCUGUUCUAUUGCAUGUUUCUUUCAUUUA